AUGAAGAGUUGGAAGUGGAAAGAGGGGCAACGAGCCCAAAGAGGACAGCGAAGUCACAGUCGAGACAGGACACCGUACCAAGGAAGACAUUGGAGACCCUCACGGGACGACAGGAAUUGGUAUGAUGAUGCAGGACCUUCGUCCAGAGUAUCUGACAGCCAAGCUAGUACUUCUUCCUCCUCAGACAGCAGUGGGGCCCCAGAACUUCCAGGUUUCUACUUUGACCCAGAGAAGAACCGAUACUUCCGCUUGUUGCCGGGGCACAACAACUGCAACCCUCUGACCCGAGAGAAGCUGCGGGAUAAGGAACGUGAAAAAGAGAGAAUGAGGAUGCUCGUGGAGGAUGCAAAGCCGACAAAAAAAGCACCGAGGGCAGGACUCAAUGCAUCCUUGCUCCUUCAGAAUCGACAUUUUGGAUUGCUACCUGAGAUGUCCUACUGCAGGCGGGUCCACGAGGGAAAGAUAAGCUCCAUGAGACGCCACAAGCUGGACCACCGGAGUACGGACGACUUCAGAACCAUUGUGGCCGACUCCAAGUGCGAGCAAGUGUUCACCGUCAACGAGAUGUCUCACGGGGGCUGCAAGUAUGGCUACAUGAGCUUCAAUCGAAAUGACUCCAGUGGGUCUCUGUCUGUGGAAAUGUGUGACAACCCUUUCAUCACUGACCGCAAGGUGAAUUCCCUUUGCUGGGCCACAGUCAACUAUCCGGACUCUCAUGUGUUACUGUGCCUGUUGGGGAUUGCGGACAAACCUGGCUUCGUCACUUUGCUUCCCGCUUCAAUCUUCAGCAACACCAGUCCAAAUCACCCAGGCUUGCGUUGCAGUUUUAAGAUCUCUACAGCCUGGUGCUGUGCUUGGUGUCGACACCCACGGUUUGACAAGUUGUUUAGUGCAGGUUUAUCUCAGAAGGUGAUCCUGCAACAAGCCAUUACAGGGAAAAAACUAACAAUCGAUGUCGGCAGCGACGUCCUGGCGCAGCAGUUUUGUGUUGAUAUCCCCUUGCUGUUCAAUGGCUCCCGGUCUGGGGAGAUUUUCAGCCUUGACGCACGGGAGCCGAGCAACCGCAAGGCAAUGGUCUUCUGGCAAGAAUCUGCAGUCACUUCACUGCGAAUACUGAAAGACGAGAACUACCUGGUGGCUGCAGACAUGUCGGGCCAGAUCAAGCUGUGGGACAUAAGAGUCAUGAAGCAAGUGCAGGAGUACAAGGGCCACUACAACGAGUACGCCUACCUCCCCAUCCAUGUUAGCGAACCCGAGGGACUUCUCUUGGCUGUGGGUCAGGACUGCUACACAAGGAUCUGGAGCCUGCGGGACAGUCACCUCCUAAGGACUAUCCCGUCACCUCACCCGGCUGCCAAUGACGCCAUCCCCAGCAUAGUGUUCUCCUCCAGUGUCGGUGGCCGCACGGGGGCCCCUGGCCUGCUGAUGGCCGUCAGGAAAAACCUCUACUACUUCCCCUACAACGUGGAUGACAGGGAGCUUCAGGAAGUCUGA